UACCGUUGAAAAUAUAUUAUUUAAUGUACUUACGUGUUCAUUUAUAUUCAUAACGAAUUACUUAAUUUGUAUUAACAAUAUAGAGACACUACUAUUUUGGUGAACUAGAUUUCUUUGCGACAGCACACUACGCGCUGUAAACCAACUUUCAAUGACGUUUGUGGCGCCAGAAAUCAAGGAUUUUGUUUGGGAAGGGGUGUGUGGUGGCGCGCUCCACACGUUAACUAGGAUGUUAUUAGUUUCCAUUUUGUUCUAGCAAUCAGUCGUUUGUACUUUAGUGUAGAUAUAAAACUAAAGUCAGCAUGGUUAUGCUACGCAGCAGCGGCGUGGGCGCGGAACUAGCAGCUCCGGAGAGGAAGGUUGACUUGGAUUCUAGCUCCGAGUUUCUGUCCUUACAUCCCGCCUUGCAGAAAAAGUCGACCCGGCUGAAGGGGGGCCUGAAUGACAGCUCCAGCAGCACUGAAAACAAACCGAAUGGACAUUUGAUGUUGGAGGAGGACAGCCCUCCCAGACGAGGAUCCCUGAGGACCCGGACACAGGGAGUCAAACACGAGGUGUUCUUCGCUAGCAUGAAUGGCCAGACCAGGUCCUCAACCAGGUCCUUGGUAAAAGAGGACAAAAGUGAAGGACUGCACAGCACAAGGAAGUCACCCAGGCUGCAGGGUGACGGAAAAGCCUCCACUGCUUCCAGGGACAAGCAAUCUGUAGCUGACGCCUCAGAUGAAGUGGAACAGGUCGAAGAGGAGGCGUCCACUCCUCAGAAGACCCCCUCUGUGCUGCGCCCCCGGGAGGAGGACAGUUCUGUACGACGCAGCUCCAGGAUCACCAGAUACAAGCGGAACUCCCGGAACCAGUCGGUGCUGUACGACCGCCUGAUCACCAACACGGCUGAGGCAGUGUUGCAGAAGAUGGAUGAUAUGCAGAAAAUGCGUCGCCGGUUAAGUAGCAGAGACACUAAAGAGGAGAACCUGGGAAUCUAUGUGGGAACCAAAAGAAAAAGGGUCCCUGAAAGGGCAGAAGAAAGUAAACCUAAAGAGAAGGAGAAUGUAACAGACAUAAGUGAAGAGGAGGAGGGGGAGGAUGAAGAGGAGGGAGCUGAAAACAAUCAGGCAGAUGAGGAAGACGAGGACGAUGAGGAUGAUGAUGACGAAGAAGGCGAAGAAGAUGACAACCAGAAACGCUAUGACUUCAGGCAGAGGAAAUCGGUGGUUCGUUACCAGGCUCCCCAGGAUGAGCCCAAGACAAAGCCCAUCUUCUUUAAGACAUCCAGACAUUCGUCUCCAUCCCGGCGAAGAUACCGGUUCAGCGCCAACGCCCCAAGAAGCCCUUACAGCAGGAGAGGCAGCAGAAGAAGACAUGCCAUCCACAGUAGCGACUCCACGUCGUCGUCCUCCUCUUCAUCUUCGGAUGAUGAGAAGUUCCAGAGGAGGAGAGGCAAGAGCCGCAACCGAUCUGUGAAUAGAUGUCUUCCCAUGAAUCUGAUGAAGGAGGACCUGCUGGGCAUCCAGAAGGACCGGAUCAAGAUCGGAGCGAGUCUGGCGGAUGUUGACCCGAUGCAGAUCGACCAGACGGUGCGUUUUGACAGCAUCGGGGGGCUGACCAGACACAUCUCCGCCCUGAAAGAGAUGGUGGUCUUCCCUCUGCUCUACCCAGAAGUGUUUGAGAGGUUCAAGAUCCAGCCCCCGAGGGGCUGUCUGUUCUAUGGGCCUCCAGGUACAGGGAAGACCCUGGUGGCUCGGGCGUUGGCCAACGAGUGCAGUCAGGGAGAGAGGAAGGUCUCUUUCUUCAUGAGGAAAGGAGCAGACUGCCUCAGCAAGUGGGUGGGAGAGUCUGAACGUCAAUUACGCCUCCUCUUUGACCAGGCAUAUCAGAUGCGGCCGUCGAUUAUCUUCUUUGACGAGAUCGAUGGACUGGCUCCAGUGCGAUCAAGCAGACAAGACCAAAUACACAGCUCCAUCGUCUCCACCCUGCUGGCUCUGAUGGACGGGCUGGACAGCAGAGGGGAGGUUGUUGUGAUCGGAGCCACCAACCGCCUGGACUCCAUAGACCCGGCGCUCCGACGACCGGGCCGCUUCGACCGAGAGUUCCUCUUCGGCCUGCCGGACAGAGAGGCUCGGAAAGAUAUCCUGAAGAUCCACACGAGACAGUGGACCCCCCAGCCGUCAGAUGCGUUCCUGGAGGAACUGGCGGACAAAUGUGUUGGUUACUGCGGCGCUGACGUGAAGGCGGUGUGCGCCGAGGCAGCUCUGUGUGCCCUCCGCAGGCGUUACCCCCAGAUAUACUCCUCGUCCCAGAAGCUGCUGUUGGACGUGGCGUCCAUUUCCAUUGGCUGCGGGGACUUCCUGCGCGCCAUGAGGAAAACGGUCCCGGCUUCCCAGCGGGCGGUGUCCUCGCCGGCCAAGGCCCUGACCCCUGUGGUUCAGCCGUUGCUCAGUGCGGCGCUUCGGACCGUACUGGACACGGUCAGCACGCUGUUCCCCCACGCUGAACCGGGGCUCCAAAAACACAAGAGGGACAUUGGUGUCCAUCCUGCUGGUGUCUUAGAAGAUGAUCUUCUGUACAGUGAAGAAGAGGACUCAUCUGUCUGCAUCAAUGAACUCCCUCGCAGUGACAAGCCCGUCAAUGGCUUUCUGCACUUCGGCAGGAGCGUGCUGAACCAGCCCACGUCGUACCGUCCCAGGCUGCUGUUAGCGGGCCGUCCCGGAUCGGGUCAGAGCAGCCACCUGGCCCCGGCGGUGCUCCACGCUCUGGAGAAGUUCACCGUCUACACUCUGGACAUGGCCAUGCUGUUUGGGGUUGCCACCAGCUCUCCGGAGGAGGCCUGCGCUCAGAUCUUCUGUGAGGCCAAGAGGACGUCUCCCAGCAUCCUUUACAUCCCCCACAUCCAGCAGUGGUGGGAGACGGUGGGUCUGGCCCUCAGAGCCACCUUCCUCAGCCUGCUGCAGGACAUCCCCUCCUUCUCUCCCAUCCUCCUGCUGGCCACUUGCAACGUCCCCCACAGCAGCCUGUUCCCUGAGGUCCAGGAACUGUUCCGUGCCGAGUACGGGGAGGUGCACUGCAUUCAGGUCCCGACCCGGCAGGAGAGAACCAAGUUCUUCGAAGAGGUUAUUCUCAACCAGGCUGCUAAAGCUCCAGCGUCUAAGAGAAAAGCAGUGCUCGCAAGCCUGGAGGUGCUGCCUGUGGCACCUCCUCCUCCCCCCCGGACGCUGACAGAGAAGGAGCAACAGCGAUUGGAGGAGCAGGAGGAAGACACACUCAGGGAGCUCCGCCUCUUUCUGCGUGAUGUCACCAAUCGCCUCUCCCAGGACAAACGCUUCAAGGCCUUCACGAAGCCCGUUGACCUGGAGGAGGUUCCUGACUAUGCAACAGUUAUAAAGCAGCCCAUGGACCUUUCCACUGUCCUGUCCAACAUCGACAUUCACAAGUACGCCACAGUGAAGGAGUUUGUCCACGAUGUUGACCUGAUCUGGAAGAACUGCCUGGAGUACAAUCCUGACAAAGAUCCUUCAGAUCGUCAAAUCCGCCACAGGGCCUGCGCUCUGAAGGACACCGUGCACGCCAUCAUCAAAGAUGAACUGGACGAAGACUUUGAGAAGAUUUGCGAGGACAUCAAGGAGUCCCGCAGAACAAGAGGUUGCUCCACUUCAAGGUUCGCCCCGUCCUAUUAUCAUGUUCUCCCUAAGCCAAAAGCAGUGGAUACAAAGACCAGUGAGGAAGUAGUGCCCCCCAAAGAGUCUGGGCCAUUGCCAUUGGCCGUGAGCACACCACGUCCUUCAGCAGCGCAAAAGAAGAAGCGCAGGAAGAGUCGCUGGUGCAACGGCUUCAUCUCACGGAAGAGGUCCUCUCCUCACGCCUCAAAGGAGAACUCUGCUGUGGUGGAGUCUGGAGAGGAGGAGGAAGGAGAGGAAGAGGAGGACAGAAAAGGAGCUGAGAGUGACCAGGCAGGAGAGGCUGCAGAGUCUGGUCUGGAGGAACUGGAGACGGCUGAGGCUGUAGCCGAGGAGAUUCUCAUGAAACAGGACCAGAAGGAGAACCAGGAAUCAGCCCAGCAGGAGAACCAGCCCAUGGAGCAAGAGACCAAGGAGAGCCAGUCCCCAGCUGAGAGAGCUCCCCAGCCCUGGGAGGAGGCUUUGGGUACCCAGGAGGGCCUUAUGAUGGUGGAUGACCAGACAUCACCAGAUGGGGAAGACGACACUUUCACCGCUGAGAAGAGCGAGCCACUCAGAACUGAGCGAGAAUUGGAGACAGGAGUGAGGCGUGUGACAAGGAGCCUGAAGAACCAGGCGAUGCAGCAGGGGAUGGUAGAUGUUGACAAGGCCAUGGAGAUCUUUGACCAGGAGACACAGCCAUUAGUGGUGGAUCACAACAAGCUGAAGGAGCUGCUUUGCAGAGCCGUGUCCAAGACUGAAGGUUAUGAAGUAUAUCAACUGGAGAAGCUUUAUGCCUUAUUGUGUCAGAGCAUCUACAGACACCGCAAAGACUACAACAAGACUACACUGUUGAAGGAAAUGGAAAAUGUAAUUGAAGAUUUUUAAGUUUUAUACAUCAAAGAUAAAUGUAGCUGAAGAUGAAUAUUAUACUAUUUCCCCCAGUUGUCUAAAUGUAUAAAGAACCAGUCUAUUACUAUAUUUUCAUAGAAAUAUACAGGUCAAAUGUGUGUAUUUCCUAAGAACUUGUAUACUGUUGCUUUUAUUUAAUUAAAGUCUUCUUGGAAAUCUC